AUGGACACCAAGCGCUGCUUUGCCAACCGCUUCGAUGACUACCAGGGCAGCCUGCCGGCGGGCCAGUGUGAAGAAGCCGUGGGGCCCUUGAUCACUGCCACCAUCGAGCGCAUUCUCCAGCAGCUGCCCCCGAUCGGGGGUUCCACCGAGGCUCGGGGGGCAGCAACCGGGGCCAGCGGAUGCCAGGGGGGACUGUAUGGCGGCGUGGCUGGGGUCGCCUACAUGCUCUACCACGUCUCACAGAGUCCACUCUUCGCCUCGACCCGGGAGCGCUAUUUGCGCUCUGCCAAGCGCCUCAUCGACGCGUGCUCCAGAGCUGAGGAGUGGGGCGAGCCAGACGCCGACACCCGCGCCGCCUUUCUGCUCGGGGGCGCGGGCGUGUAUGCUGUGGCCACGCUAGUGUACCACGCCUUGGGCCGGUCUGACUAUGUGCAGCCCUUGGGCAAGUUCCGCGCUCUGUGCGCCGUCUGCGCGCCGGUCUCCUUCCUGGAGUGUGGCUCUGACGAGCUGUUCGUGGGCCGCGCAGGCUACCUGUGCGCUGCACUGGUACUCAAGCAGAAACUCGCCCAGGAGGUGCUGACUCCAGUGCAGAUCAAAUCAAUUUGCCAGGCGAUUUUGGACUCUGGGAAGCAGUAUGCCUUAAAAAAAAGGAAACCAUUUCCCCUGAUGUAUUCUUAUUAUGGAACCGAAUAUUUGGGGGCAGCUCAUGGUCUGUCAUCCAUUCUCCAGAUGCUUCUUUCUUACUACGAGCAUCUCAAGCCCUCAGAUCAGGAGCUGGUGUGGCAGAGCGUGGAUUUCCUCAUGGAGCAAGAACAGAACUACAACUGGCCACCUGAGCUCGGCGAGACUAUUGAAAGAGAGAAUGAGUUGGUCCACUGGUGCCACGGAGCCCCAGGAAUUGCCUAUCUGUUUGCCAAAGCUUAUCUGGUUUCCAAGAAACCACAGUACCUGGACACAUGUAUCCGGUGUGGGGAACUCACAUGGCAGAAGGGCCUGUUAAAGAAGGGGCCAGGGAUUUGCCAUGGUGUGGCUGGCAGUGCCUAUGUCUUCCUGCUGCUGUACCGGCUCACGGGAAACUCUAAAUACAUCUACCGAGCCCAAAGGUUUGCUGAAUUCUUAUUUACCGAGGAAUUCAAGGCUGGGUCUCGAGUCCUUGAAAGUAUAUACAGCUUGUAUGAAGGCUUCUCUGGGACAGUGUGCUUUCUGAUUGAUCUGCUGCAACCCAGUCAGGCUGAGUUCCCCCUCUUCAGUGUGUUUGUUUAG